AUGUUCUUAAAAACGGCAUCAGUUGUACUAGCAGUGAAUGUUGAUAAAAUAUUUGCUCAAUGCUCUGUUGGCUGUCAAUCAUGCUCCGGUUCAACUUGCACAAGUUGUGAACCAGCUUACUUUUUAUCAAAUGGCCUCUGCUCACCAUGCCCCUUCGAUUGUGGAAGCUGUAAUAGCUACGAUGACUGUACUUCAUGUAAGCCAAACACUUUUGGUUUGCAUGCAAGAUGUACUUUCACCUGUGACAGUAAUUGUCUAAACAGUGAAUGUCAAGAUGAUACAGGAUAUUGUACGCAAUGUAAGCACGGUUUCUAUGGUUUUCAAUGCCAACACAAUUGUAGCUCAUGUGAAAAUGAACGUUGUGAUUUACGCAAAUGUUCGAGUGGUUGUAGAGCAGGAUAUUAUGAGUAUAAAACCGGUGUCGAAACAAUAUGCCAAUAUUGUUCUACAAAUUGUAAACAUUGUACGGAUCGGACAACAUGUUUAUUUUGCAAUCACGAUUAUUACCUCUAUAAGUUUAAUGACAACGUUCACUGUUUGCCAUGUUUGCAAGAAUCGCAAUGUCCAGACUGUGUUAUUGAAGGUUGUAACCAGUGCCAAAUACACAAUGGUUCGUUAGUCUGCGCCGAUUGUCCAGAAGGACAAGUAUUCAUUGGUACAACAUGUGGACCAUUGUGCUCGGAAGGAUGCUCGACGUAUUGUGAUAGUAAUGGAAUAUGUCAAGGAGAAUGUAUUGAGGGUUGGACUGGUGAAAAAUGUUCUGAACAAUGUAACAGUAAAUGUUUAAAGUGUUCCAAAGAUAACGGAAAUAUUUGUCUACUGUGUAAAGAUAAUUUUUACUCAACCGCUUGCAGUUUAGCCUGCGAUCUGGCAUGCAUAGUAAUAAGUGGUAAACAGACAUGUCAACAUGUAGACGGGUAUUGUUUAAACGGAUGUAACCGGACCUUUUGGGGCGAUACCUGUGAUAAACCUUGUCCUGUUGGAUGUAAAGAUCCUAAAUGUGAUAGAAAUAAAGGUACAUGUACGGAUGGAUGUAAGGAUGGACUUACUGGAGAUAAAUGUACUCAAACCAUCACAAUCGAAACAUCAGUGACACAAACAACAACAUCAGCCGAACCUGUAUCAAAACAACAAACAUUGCGAUGUGACGAUGAAGCUAAUAAUUUUACCAUCGGCUAUUUCUCUGGAUUUGGAUCUUGUGUUGCCAUAGAAGUAUUUGCUGUAUUGUUGUACCAUAUAAGACGAAGGUAUCUUGCAAGUAGAACGCCCCAAGAUAGGAAACCCAACUUUGAGAUUCCAACAUAUUAUAACACUAGAGCUGAUUUCAGAGCUGUUAAUACUGAGUCGGCUGAAGUGACUAAUAAUUACGAAAGUUUGGGUAAUAACAGAACCACGGAUAAUGUAUACAAUGAUCUAGGAACAACAUUGUCAUAGAUUUAAGAGAAAUGAGUUUUAGUUGUUUACUAGUUAACACAACAGAAUGAAUUGUUACUGUAUUUGUUGUUCCAAGGGUGAUUGAUGCAUAUUAUUACUAUCCUUUAGAAACGGAUUAUAUUCAUUACAAGCUAGUUGUUUUAGGGAAUGACUAUUUCCUUCUAGCAAUGUAUUAACAUGUAAAAUACGACAAAUGUGUUUUUCAAAAUUAUUUUACCUUGUUAUUGUUUAUAAACGGUUUUUUUUAAAUAUUUCAGUCCCGCUUUAACAUUUGGCUUCGGAUUAAAUUUCAACAUACCUACCUGUCCAUGUGAUAAUCCUUAUCGAUAUGUUUAGUGCACAACACAAAUAUAAUUGAAAUGUAAAUUUUAUACAGUAUGGUUAAAGUAAGAAGCCAAUUGUUUCAACUUUAUUAAAUCACACUUCAUAAAAGCUUUCAAAUAUAGAAUAUAAAUUUGUAAACGUUACUAGUUAAGAUCGCAAAUUAAUAUACGAUCGUAUUUUUCCGGUAUUUUUGAGACACAUACAUGUAUUAUGGUUAUAGUAUUCAUAGAUUUGUUUGACGGCUGUGUAUUAAUAUAUCCAUUUUAUGGGCAAUUCCAUUUUACUUAUCUAAGAUAAGAUUAAUUUAAUAAUAUUUUUGAAGCAUAGUAAGCGUGUAAUUUACUGUGAGUAUAUAAAACAAAACCAAUUUAUAUUUCAUUCUUUAGUUUAAUUUAGAUAUAAGAUUUAUACUUUAUCUACUAACAGCUUAUAAUUGUUUACAUAUUUUACAUUAUUUGUUUUAUAAUGUUAUAAUUAUAACAUGCAUAGCAAUGUUCUUGAAAACGGUUUUAGUUAUCCUAGCAGUGUUUGUUGAUACAGAAUUCGAUCGUAAAUACUUCUGCAAAAUAGUUCCCAAUCCAUUUGAACUGUCUAUCUACAAAUUAGAGUGAUACAAUUUGGACAAGUCUUAUAAAUUGAAUGCAUCUUUAAAUAUUUAAAUUCAAAUAACGAAAUCUAUAAUGCUAAAAAUUGGCUGAACGUCAAUUUUUUUAUAUUUGGUCAUAUUGAUAUCUUUACGGUAAGAAAAUAAGAGUUAACACAGCUAUAAGAGUAUAUUUUAAAACAUAUCACUUAAAUUUGUUUUAAUUAAGGUUUGUAUAAUUGGUGUUAUAAAUAUUUUAUUGGCUUUCGAUCUUGAUCACAUGUUCGACAUGUUUAGUUAUGAUCAUCUUACUUUUUAUCAAAAGUGUUCGUUCAUUGUGCUAUAUAGAUUGUUAACAUUGCUUCAAUAACUGUACUUCAUUCAAACAAAAAUAAUAUUGUAUUCAAGUUAAACUUUUUACCUGUGAUGAUAAUUGUCUAAAUCAUAAAUAUAUAGAGGAUCCGCUAUAUUAAUACCAAUCCAAGUCUGGUUUUUAUAUGCUUAUAUUUACGCAAAUGCUUGGAAGUUUGUAGAUCUGGGUAUUAUCAGUAUAAAACCGGUUAAAAAAGGUAUAUAAAAUUUGUUCGUCAAAUUGUAAUAAUUGUUCGGAUGUCAAAACAUGUUUAUUAUGCAAUGAUUGUUUUCAUUUCUAUGAAUUUUAUGGUGAUGAAAAGGGAUUCCCUAAUUAAGAACUCUAAAGAUCAUAUUCAUGGACGGAACUAAAAGUGUGAGUUACCGUCCCUGCUUACUUAAGUAGAAAUAAAGUCUCAAAUGCUCAAGAGAAAGUGAAAAUAUUUGUCUACAUUGCAAUGGAUCAGAAUAUAGUUAAGUUUACCAUCCAGCAUGCACAGUAAGUGACGGUAAAAGAACAUGUGCUGACAAAUAGUGUCUAAUUGGGUGCAUACAAAGCUCCUGGGACGAAACCUGAAACAAGUCAGUUUCGUGACUGAUGAAAAUAUCAGAUAUGUGACAGAAAACCUGUAAACAUGUAAACAUAUACUAAAGGAUGCAAAGAUGGAUAUCUCGACGAUAUAAAUUGUAAAAAUUCUACGGGGUUCGAGUAUGUACAUACCGGUUUCAAUAAACAAGUACAUUUUAUGGAUACAGAAAAUUUUGUACAAAGAUACAUUUUACGUUAAAAUUGAUACAAAAAGUCCAUAGAUUUAGAUAAUUAUAGGACCUGAUAAGCAUUAAGAAGACAUACUGAAAACGAGCAAAAAUUUGUCAUUAUAAAACGAUAAUGCCACAGAGAACCGUUAUUUGAUACAAAGACUUUCGUGAAUUUCUGAAAAGUAUACAUA